GUAAUGGAUUAUAAUUAUUUGCCAAACAUAGAAAUCUCAUUGAAGUGUUCGUAACAAUUUGCUUUGCUGUGAGAACAUUCCGUCUAGCCUCCACUUUCUUAGAAUUUUCUCUCUUUCUUUUCUUGCAAUAAGCUUCAAGAUAUUUUUUUUUUCUUCUAAAAAUCUCAUUGCGUAAGAAUGUUUCAUUUUCUUCAAGCAUGGAAAUGGAGUCUAACUUUGAAGUAGCAUAUUGCUAUUUUAACCAUGAAGGAGUACCAUCAGAUACUUUGUCAUUCUGAAGGUUCAAGUUACUGUCAACCACCACCGUGAAAGAACAUCAUUAAGGUUCACAAACUCAAACCACCGACCUGCUAAAUCCAUCAAUUAUACCUACGAAACCCUAAAAAUCAAAGUUGUAUAUCUAAAUGGUCAAGUGUGGUUCAGAAUAUACUAUCGUGGACUUUGAAUGGUUCAACGAUUGUGUGAAAGAAUCCAACUCUAAUCGUCAGCAUCUCAUCUCUAGGCAUAACAAGGAAGGUGGUUCCUCGUCGAAGAAUGAAGCAAGUCAUCUUUCUCACCCCAAUUCAGCUCUUGAAUCGAUGAAGGAUAUCUCUCCUACCUCCGCCGUAAAGAAUGCCGCCGGAGAGAACAAUUCAUGGAACGCCGGUAGUCACCUUUCAGUAAGAUGGGUGAUGCAAUUUACAUUGUUCAUUGCUAUCUUUGCAGUGUUGUGUAUGUUUCUCUUUAUAUCUUCCAUUACCUUUCGGACUCCUACCUUCUCCCGUCACCUCGCUGUUGGCUCAAAAGAGGUUCAUACGGAUAGCAGGUUGGAGAGUAUUCUUAGAAACGCAUCAAUGAAGGAUAAGACAGUGAUAAUCACCACUUUGAACGAUGCAUGGGCAGAGCCAGGUUCCAUAUUUGACCUCUUUCUAGAGAGUUUUCGCGUAGGGAACCAGACGCAGCAACUUUUAAACCACUUGGUUGUAAUAACGUAUGACCCAAAGACACAUGAGCGUUGCCUUGCCAUGCACCAUCAUUGUUACCUAGUUGAUAACAAAGAGGGAAAUUUCACCGGUGAAAUGUUUUACAUGUCUCCAAACUACCUACAAUUGAUUUGGGGUAGAGCUAAACUCCUUGGUUCUGUCCUUGAGUUGGGAUACAACUUUCUGUUCACGGAUACUGACAUAAUGUGGCUCAGAGAUCCAUUCGGCCUAUUUUACGAAGAUGCAGAUUUCCAAAUAGCUUGUGAUUUCUUCAAUGGAAACUCCAGUGACAUCGGCAACUUUCCAAAUGGAGGGUUUAAGUAUAUGAAAUCGAAUGAGAGAACAAUUUGGUUCAUAAAGUUCUGGAUCAACGCUAGGAUUUACUUCCCAGGAUUGGGAGAGCAAGCGGUGUUCAACAUGAUCAAACGGCAUCCCUUGAUUGAUGACAUGAAGGUGAAGAUCAGAUUCCUUAGCACUGAUUACUUUGGAGGGUUUUGUGAACCUAGCAAGGACCUCAACCAGGUCUCAACAAUGCAUGCCAAUUGCUGUAUUGGCAUAGAAAACAAAAUCAAUGAUCUCAAAAUUCUGCUUGAAGAUUGGAAGAAGUAUAUGGCAUUGUCUGACCAUGACAGAGAACACUUGAAUCAUUCUUGGACUGUACCACAACGUUGCGGACCUCAAUUACCAGCAGAUCCCUUACCAGCAGAUCCCUUGCCAGUAAAUCCUGAACCAUUGCAAACGGUACCACAAUAAACAAAGGUUGUGAUUACACUUGUUGCUGACAUUUUAUAGGUAGAACAUCAAAUAAGACAUAAAC